AUGUUCCGAAAUACGUACCAAUGCGGUUUCUUGACGAUAUUCAGUAGUAGCGGUAGCAAGCCACUUGAAAUUUGGGACAUUGUCACGAAGAACGGCCACGCCAAAAGGGUCACGGAUGAGGAACUGAAGCUUAUGUCUUUUGAGUUAAUGGGUGCCAACGUUGCCACUACAUAUAUGGAGGCACCAAAGUCACCUUGCCCAUCUCUUGGCGUGAAACUACCAUUUUUAGUGUUACUUGUUAAAAAUCUAAAAAAGUUUUUCUCAUUUGAAAUACAGAUUUUGGACGACCGGAACCUUCUUCGACGCUUCCGUGCGUCAAACUAUCAGAGUGCGACACGGGUGGAUAACUUCUGUACCGUCAUGCCUCUUUCUCUCACUCCCGGAUGGAAUCAAAUUCAGUUCAAUCUAGCAGAUUUCACGAGGCGUGCUUAUGGCACCAACUAUAUCGAAGCCGUACGAAUACAAAUUCAUGCAAACGUACGCGUGAAACGGGUCUACUUUUGCGAUAGACUUUACCAGGACGAUGAACUGCCUCCACAACUUCGCUUGCACCCUCCACUGAGGCCUUGCAAAGUUACUCACUUAUCGAACAGGGGUGGAAAGAAGCCCGCUGAAGCUGUAGAAACAGUCAGACCUACCACACCGGUGACGGCAACGGGUAUUCAAGAAGUUAACCAAACAACUGGUAGAAUAAGUAUCAUGCAGACCCCUGUAGAAAUUCCAGCAGAACCAAUAAAUCUCGAAAAUACGGAAAUAUUGCAUGAUGCGGAUUUACCUGUACCUCUUGAAGAAUAUGCGGAAGAAGCACCCGAAACUAUACCAGGAACUGUGGCUUCUGAAAUAGCUGUACAAUAUUAAGUUAGGCAAUAGUAAUUUAUUACCAUCAUUAGUUUCGUAUCAAAAUUACUAGUUGAAAGUAU